AUGGAACCCUCAUCCGAAAGACUCGACUUUGUCUUCUCAAGUGGGAUCGGCCAGCCUUCUAGAGUGGUGACCAAUCGAGUCGAGUCGCGUUGCUUCACUGCCGUCCGGCUCAAUAGCCAUGCCGAGUCGCUGCGACAGUUUGAACAGGUCUUUACUGACCCCGAAAUCCGCCAUUUUGUAAAGACCAUUCGCUACGAUGUCCUUCUUCCGAGCCUUAGCGACAAGAGGCUGCAGAACAAGUUCCAGUCUACCCGUGAGGCAGCCGCCAAUACUGCAGCGCUCACGCAAGCUAUGCUCGCCCUCUUCACCAGCCUCAGCUCGUGGCAGAAGAGGGAUCCACAGAACGACGAAGGAAUACGUCUCUUUUUGACAGCUACAUCGCCCUCGGGAGAUAUUGAGUCAGUCACGCAGCAGAAGCGUGACCAUCAAGAGUGA